CGGGGUCGUUGAAGUUUGUAGAUGCCUCGCAGAACAAGGAAGUUUUCCCUCAAAACAUUGGAGGUGUUGUCUGCAUAGGAUCCGAUGACGAGCUUUGAGGUUUGCUCCAUCCUCUAAGCCAAAGUCAUCGGACUAAGAACGGCAGUUUAGCUGAGUGACUUGCCGCGUGGCCGAAAGCUGUCUACUCUUCAACUCUGGUUUUGUACCGACAUGCGUCUGUGGAUCUUCUGGUAAACUUAGCUCUCGGGAGAAUGAAUUUGCUGAGGAAGAAACGGACAAGCACAGGCGGUGGUUCAUCUUCCAUACUCACAACACCAACCCAGAAGGGCUCAGCUCCUGGUGUUGGGUCUUCUGGUGCAUCUCCUCCUGCUCCGUCUGGUGAUGGCAGUGUUGCAAGUAGCAAAUCUGCCGAUGCCACUACCCCAGUGGAAAAGGCCCCUGUCCUGACACCACCUUUAUAUACACCUGACAAUAGUUCUGAGCCAACUCCUUUUGCUCCAGUCGGCACUGGCCGCGCUAUACCGGUAUUCCAGGGGUUUCUGAACAAGAAGCAAGAUGGUAGUAUGAAGCGUGAUUGGAAACGUCGCUACGUCACCCUUACACCAACACAAAUCGUCUACUAUGGCUCCCUUCAGGACUAUCGCACUGGAGAGGGUGGAAAGUCCAUGGACUUGCGUUUCUGUACGGUGAAACUGAGGGAGGCAGCAGUUGUGGCACGUCGAGCAAACUCUUCAUCCAGAUCAACGGGUCUGUCCAGCUCAUCAUCAACAAAACUUCCUAAGAACCCGUGCAGCACAAGUAUAUCCUGUGAGCUUAUCUCCACGCCAAAUUCCACAGCCGCACCGGAUGAUAUGUCCUCACAUGCCGGUGUGGAGUCAGCGUCCUCGUCUCCCCUGCUUGGCAGCAGUGUGUUACGCAAAAACUGCUCCUUCAAAUUUGGCCGCCAGAAGAGACGUGACUCGGAUUCGAUGCGAGUUGAUGAUUACCUACUGCCGCCAAGCUCUCCUAAGAAGGAUAGGGAUGAGAAAUCUCAGUCAACGGCUGAGUUAUCUACCUCGUCGCCUGCUAAAUCGCUCUCAUCGGAGUUUGUCAUCCAGCCACCGAUGUCUCCAAAGCCAGAAGGCCGUGCUCGCAUGAACUCUAUGUCAAAGGACCGGCCGAAAAUGCGGAAGCGUAGCAAUACAAUCUCAUCAACUCGACCCGAUGCCAGACCCAUCCGGCCCACAACCAAAUCAAAGACCAGGGAUGAUAUGGGUCAGGAAUCUUUUGAAUUCAAGGUUGUCUCGCUAACAGGGAAAACAUGGGCACUUGAGGCAGGCAGCGAAGAGGAUUACGAGGCUUGGACCAAUGCCAUCAAGCAACAAAUUCAGGGAUGCCUCGAGCGCUCCUUCUCUGAUAAGAAGAAGCAGACGGAUGCCGGCGUUGUGGAGCGAAUUCAAAGUGUGGCUGGCAACAAGGUCUGCGCUGAUUGUCUGCAAGUGGAUCCAGAAUGGGCAUCACUGAAUUUCGGCUCGCUAAUAUGUAUCGAGUGUUCAGCCGUCCAUCGGAACUUGGGCGCCCAUGUAUCGCGCGUCAGAUCUCUUUCUCUGGACGAGUGGAGCCCGGAGCUCGUGGCGGUAAUGUUGGCGCUAGGCAAUUCUGCUCUAAUUUCUGUUUUCGAAGGUCGCCUGGAUGAUUUCUUUGAUCGUCGAUUAUCAGUGGAUGCAAGUCGAGAGGACAGGGAGUCAUUCAUUCGUCAGAAGUACAUUCAGAAGGAUUUCUUGACUCAUCUUCCAGACAAAUACGCUGCCAUGGUUCUAUCAGAUUGUCUGAAGGAAAGCAUUUUGGCCAAUGACAUCCAGCUGGCUUUCCACAUACUGGCCCAUUGUGGCAAUGCAGAUGUGACUAAGCCCCUGGAAGAGACUGGAGACAGCCUACUGCAUAAAGCUGUAUCACUAGAUGCUAUAGUACUAGCACAGCUCCUUAUCUGGAAUGGUGCGGACGUCAAUGUAAAAAACAGCAAGGGAGAGACACCGCUUAGUGUCUCCAGCAGCAGGUGUAAAAGCGUCCUUACCAGCAACGGUGCAACUUGAAACUGCCACAUGCUGUUUGUUAUGCAGUUCUGUCAACCGCAGUGUGUCUUCUUGUCCAGAAUACUAGUAGUCACUGUUCUGUCACGUCAGCUGGCCAUGCUACUACUGCUAACACAGCUAGUAUAGACAGAAGUAGCAAGACCUGCGCUACACACUUGUAGGAUCUAUGCCAUAUUAAAUCACCAUGAAAGCAAACCAUGCGUUGCUGCUAGAUCCUCUGCGCAUGCGGCAUGCCUCUCUGUCAUGCAUGCCUUUGUCUUGCACCUGCUGCUAUUGGGUAUAAUGUUCAGCCAUGUUUGUCUCUCCAAUAUCUCUAUAUGGAGUAGGCACCGUGGACUGCAUCCUGCACCACUCACGACUCGUGUUGUCAAAUUCCUCAUCUAUUUACUUACUUUAUUAAUUUUUUGUAUUCUUAGUUGUAAUAAUGUUAUUAUUGAAAUUGAUCUUUCUCAUUUUUCAAUUUUUUAACAAGUGACUGCACCACCAACUUGGUGUCAGUGCACUGCCUGGCAGAAGUUCACCGCAACAGCGACAAAAUGUCAACAAAAUGUCGCCCAUUCUGUGCAGCAUACCGUUCACUGAAACCUUUUCUCUCUCUUUCUCGAUCGCCGUCUCUCUUCCUCCCGUUAUUUUCUUUCCUGCUUGACCUUGAUGCUUUCGGUGCAUUGACUCUUUAGAUCCUCACUGUGGGAUACUUUCCAAUUCUCCAUGAUAAAAAUAAUAAUGUUAGGCAUACUAGUUUCUAGCAAAGUGUCUUCUAAGAUAGUGGUUCUGUGCCAUGUAGAUGUGCUUUGUCUUGUCUAUUUGCAUUACUAUUUACAUGAUGCAUCGGCUGUUCUUUGGUUACAUUUGAAGUACAAGUACUACAAUUAGUAAUAAAUUGUCCAUGAUAAAGAAGAAUGUGAGAACAGUCAA